AUAAGAUUGUUAUGGAACAAUUCUUUUCUCUGACUGUGUGCUCACAUUUUUUAAUACCGCCACUCUUCUGGUUGACUGCAACCCCUUGUCGCACUCUGCGCUCGACGUUCAAUGGCUCGGGAUUCGGCAGUUGGGAAUUCGAAGGGAUGGGGCGACUCUGUCGGCGAAUGGGCAACCAAAACAGAAUGCCGCAAUGUUUUUGCGAACGGCAGCACAAAAGGCAGCAAGCGCUGGAGUUACGAUAAACGGUAAAACAGGACGAACAAGGACGAGAGCGAAGCCGAACUUCGAACGCCGAAACAGAACGAACCAGACAGCAUGACGACGGCGUCGGCUUUUACCGUAAAGCUCUGCUACAGCGCACAAUGGGCCCUCGAGUGGGAUUAAUGGAAAUUGCGUCUCAAAAAGGCUCUGAUGAACUGAAUAGAAGAGCUGAUGAACGUACGACAUGGAUUAGAGAAUGAUUUUAAUGACUUUUAAGGAAUGGGGUAUCUGUCGAAAAGUAGGUGUACUACAAGACACACAAUAGUGAAGUAUGCAUUUUAUUCAGUGUCCAAAAGAUACAGCCCACUGUGCCGGUUCGCGGGGUGGUUGUGACGUUAGGUGGCUGUAACACGUCGCAGCCACACAAUCGAACAACAAAGACAUCACACGAUAGUAGUAAAAUUAGUAGAGGCUGGCCGAGCAUCGUGGGUAAUUGAGUUUGGUGCUGUUGCUUCUUGAUGACUGACGGUUCUGUUGGAUUCUGUUCUUCAAUUCCCCAUUUUUGAUUCCAUCUGACCGCCUCCUUUGGCUCGAAACCACCCACCUUUUGCUGAUGGACUCUGCAUAUUGGCAUACCCGCUGAUUGGCAUUUGGCAUCCCCCCUUUUAACUCCUGGGUUCUCCGUAAGUGACCCAUUUACAUCGAAUGUGCGGCUAACACAAAGAAUCUCCGUGGCCUGAUGGAAAACUCAAUUAAAAGAUACGUUUUUGGACAGCUCUGUAGUCCGGAAUUUGACGGGGAAAACAUAUCAAAAUUAAAAGAAGAAUGUAUAGAUUGCUAUGUAUAAGAAACCACAACAAUAUUAUUGAAUCAGGGGAUCAACAUUAAAAUUUAAUUGGAACAAAGAACUGUUUAGCUAUUUUGGAGCGCAAUUAAGAAUAACUACAACGUUAGCAGAGCCAGUUGAUGCUACAUGAAUGACAGGCCUUUUCAGAGCCAGUACCCCGACAAGACUCACAAUUUGAAUAUAACCCAGCAGAGCUAAGAGCAACAAGAGAAAAAAUCGCACAUCAAAUCGCGCACCAAAAUGUGUCCUACUUUCUGGCAUACCCAAGCAAAUUUUCCCCCUGCAUGCCGAGAGCAUCCUGCGAGUUAGUGUGAGAGAGAUGAGGGACUACAGGCGAAAGAGACGGGAAUAGGCGAGAAGGAGGAGAGAGCGUGAGAGAUUCGGCGCAGAUUGAGGGCGGCUGCUGGCUGAAAAGGAUGCUGGAUUUAUCCUGCCAGGGCCCGAUUCAGUUGUAGUUGGAUAGUAAAGGGUCUUGGACGUGUCGAGCGAAUCGUUCGCCAGGUAGCCUCCAAAGUCCUCCAAAAGCAAAAGUCCUCCACUCAGUUGGAAGUUUUCAACAAAAUUUCUAAACUCCAUACUGAAACUGUGACUACCAUAGCAUUUUUUUUAAGUUUCAACUCGAAAAGUGAUUCUCUUAGUGUUCUGAAAAGAUAAAUUCGAAACUGUGAAACUAUCUGUGAAAUCAACGAAGGCACUCUAGUUUUUAACCAAGAAAUUUUUUGGGUUCAAUGAAGCAAUUUGCAGUGGCGUUUAUUUCAUAAUGCUAGUGAUUUUCCGCUAACUACAGUUAAUAGAUUUGACCAGGCCUGAAAAAAAUAACUUUAAUGGCACCGGGCAAUACACACAAGUUAAGCAGCUUAUUAUACACACAGCAAUGGGAGACUGAGAGAGAUGGGGAGAUAUUGGGAAAAGAAACAGCUCGAUAGCCUCUUAAGAACCUGAGGACUCCCAAUGUAGAGGGAUAGUAUAUUCCACAUAGGCCCGCUUCCAAUGCAUACACACCAGCACACCCAGAGUCUGUGGGCUCCACGGGAUACACUUUCCCCUCCGAAAUACGGAAUGCCAAAUAGGGCUUUCAACCCUCCAAAUCCGCCGGAGAGAGAGGUCACUGGGUCGCUCCCAUCCGGGAUGCAGUCCGUUUCAAAAAUUAUAACCACGCCUCAUUUGCCCAUUUGUCAAAUGCAUUUCAAAUGCGUUCCACAAGGCUCCCAACAGAAAGAGAGAGAGAGAGAGAGAGAGAGAGUCAGAUACUGUAUAUAGGGAUGCUCUCCAAGUCAAACAAUAGUUGUUCUGUUGCAUUCCAAAAUAGAAAAUAAACCCUGCAAAUUGCUUCAUUAGAGUUGUCAAGAUACAUAAUUCAGAACUGUGAAGUGAAAUUAAGGAAAGAGGAAAGAGAGAUCCGCCGCGAAGGACCAAAAGAUCCUAUCGCCUAUCAAUAGAGUAAUCGGAAAGGAGGUCGUCGAAAAAGCCAUUACAACGGAGACCGAAACGGAAGCAGAUACAAUGGGCGGCGGUGAAGUGAAGGUCGCUACCGUCGACGUCGAAGGCGGGGACAACAUGGCCACGCUGCCGGUGUCCCGCUCGCAUACCGCCGGCAGCACCGACAGCGCCGAAAAGAACAACGCCGCCAACAAGGAGAUGGAGCUCAAGAAUGUCAUGCCGCAGCCGCUGCAGAGGACAUCCCUGUUCAUCGUGACCAGUCUGGUGUACGCGAUCCUCCUGAUCGUCGUCUGCAUCGCCUACGUAAUCAGCGAUGUAACCACCCACCGACUACCGGUUCUGUACUACGAGACGUUCUUCACAUAUCUCUACGGCGUCAGCAUACUCUUCCUCCUCUACGUCUUCUGUUUCCUGCUGCAGGAGAGCUCUUGCUGCAAUGGCGGCAAUGGUGGCAGCAAACCGAAACCCCAACCUAAGGAGAAGAAGUCGAAGAAAGCCAAAAAUGCCGAUCCGGCCGAUUCGAAGGAAGCGAAGGGCUCAAAGGACUCUGGCAAGGCAGCCAAGGGCGCCGCAUAUCAGCAUACGAUGGCCAAGUUUCUGGAAGCACCCGUGGACGCCGAGGUGGCCGUCACCCCGAAGAAUGUGCGUAAGCGCAAGACUACCCACAGUGAUCUGACGCACGGCAGCUUUUUCCUGCGCGUGGGAGCCAUUGCUUUUGGACUUGGCGCCAUGAUUUAUAUUGGCCUAGAGUUUGGAUCGUUCUUCGAAAUUCCCUUCGAUUCGCCGUGCCAUCAUAUCCUGAUCGGCGUAAAUCCACUGCUCCAGAUGAUUUUCACCUUCAUGCAGAUGUAUUUUAUAUUCAUGAAUGCCCGGCUGAACAUCCACCGCUUCAAGGUGAUCGCCCGCUUUGGCUUGAUGCACGUAGUGGCCACCAACAUCUGCGUGUGGAUACGCACCCUGGUGAAGGAGUCCCUGCUUGAGAUCACGAUCUAUCACCAGAAGCACGAGCCAGAGGCGGGAGCCUCCUCCAUAGCCCACUCAAUAAGGCAGCACGCCCUUCGCCACGCCGGAACCGUGCUGAGGACCCACGCGGGACCCAACAGCGAGUUCGAGGUCCUCGACGGCGAGGACCUCCUGCCCAAGGACGGAUACAAGGGCGACAACGUGCUGUCCAAGCUGGUUCGCAAUACCGUCAACGGUAUUUCGAAGAGCCUGGGCAUGGGUGGUGACCAGGUGGUCACCAGCAGCACCACCACGACCACGAGGGCCCCGUUCACUACUCCGAAUUACCAAUGGCACAGCACUACUAUGGCCCGCAAGUUGAAGAAGUUUAUCACCAGCGCCACCACCGCGGCCACCACGGCGGCGGGCAGCAGUAGCUCCACCAGCAGCACCACCAUCUCACCGACCACCAGUAGCACCACCAUUCCGCCGACCACCAGUAGCACCACCAUCUCACCGAGUACCACCUUCAAUCCAUUUAGCACCACUGCCGCCCUGAAUCUCGAGACCAGCGGCAGCGACUCGCCCUUUGGCGGCUUGCAGCGCGUUCUCUCCAGCGUCGCUCCGCCGAGCCUGGCGCCAGUCGAUGGGUUCGGUUCCGCUGCCACGCCCACUCCCGUUUCCGGUCCCGGCUCCUUUGUGGAUUCCUUCCUGGCCAGCACCCUGAGCCCAGCCAGCAGCACCGAGGGCUCGGCCAGCAUAAUGAACAACCUGUUCGGCCAGGGCCCCAUGGAGAACAGCUUCCAGACGUACACCGACCUAGGCCACGAGGAGGCCACCGGGCUGGUCAGCUUCGAGAACCUGGAGAGCCUGGACAACAUAUACCCGGCGGCGCUGUCCUCCAAUAUCGGCACACUCAACUCCACCGCCUGCGGACGCAUCGACAUCAUGGGCACCAUUGUCUACGACUCGGCGCCCUACCUGUAUCCGUUCAUCAUCGAGUACUCGCUGAUCGGGGCGGUGGUGUUGUAUGUCAUGUGGAAGCACAUCGGCCGCUACCCAGGGCGCAUGAACGACGAGGACCUGGAGCACCGGCUGGAGGUGAUGCUCUCGCGGAGGGCGGUGGCCAUGGCGCAGCAGGCGCGAUCCGGACGCGUUGACUGCGUAGGCUCGUCGAAGGGCCUGUUCUUCGGGCUCCUGCUGCUGGUCGGGGCCCUCAUCUGCCUGAUACUCUUCUUCGUCUUGGUGCGCCAUCAGCAGUUCUCGCUGUUGGCCAUUUACCUCGCUGACGCCAGCCACUGCAUUCUGAUGGCCUUCGCCAUUCUGGCAAUAAUAAUUGGAUUCAUCAGGGUCAAGAACCUGAAGUUCCGCUGCGAGGAGCAGUCGAACCUGAACGACAUACUGCUGCGCAUCUCGGCCUUCGGCCUGUUCACCUACUCCGUGUUCAGCAUCAUCGCCGGCAGCCUGAAGGUCCUGGAGAGCGAGCCCAGCCUGCUGGUGACGACCACCGGGGGCGUGGCCGUCUUCCAGGUGAUCCUGCAGCUGCUCUUCAUCGCGGACGUGUCCCGCCGCCGCGUCCACCUGCCGGAGCACGAUCGCAGCAAGCCGGGCCGCCAGAUCGUCACCUUCCUCCUCAUCUGCAACGUGGCCAUGUUCGCCAUCUACACAUUCGAAGCUCAAAAAGUAUUCGCCAAUCCUGUAAGUAGAUAUGUUCAGCUGGAGUUUUACGGCUUCGUGCCCUGGUCGAUCAUCCAACGCAUCACACUGCCCCUGUGCAUCUUCCAUCGGUUCCACAGCGCCGUGACACUCGCCGAGAUCUGGAAGACCACCUACAAGGCACGCCUGGAGUAAGCCGAUGUCCGAAUCCCGAUGUCUAUAUAGGCUAUAUAGGAUGUGGGAGUAUGAAAAUGCACCAAACCAAAACAUAGCGAGCCCAGAACGCAAAUAGAAAUCAAGUGAAGAGUUAGUUUCUAAUUACUUAUUAAACAUAUAUGCGUACUACAUAUAAUAUACAUAUACAUUAACGCAGAUAUGAGUAUGAUUUUUUUUUUUGAGAACCAAAGCGAAACGAAAUGAGAAACGAAACGAACGAACCGAUCGGACCAAUCUGUGCGGUUAACGAUUGCCAACCGAUAACGAUUUGCAAGUCGCUUGUUUGAUUUUCCCCGCUUUCCCUUUUUACUUUGUUAACGCGAGAAGGACUUAAGAACUUAAGAACUAAGUCAUAGUGUUACAGCUUACCCGAAACCAAGGCACACGUUUUUGUUUGAGUUACGUAUUAAUUUAGUUUAGUUUAGUUUCGUCUUUAACACGCUGCAAUAUCUUGUUACUGAAUCAAAAAUGCAAGUUAAUAUUAAUUUCUUAGUAGUUUAACCUUUAUCCGCUUCGGCAACAGAAACCAAAACGAAAUCGAUUAAAAAAUUCACAUUACAAAUAAGAUGGAAAUUAAUCUAAAAAGGUUGUUUACUUUCGCGUAUUUUUUCGCGACUGCGAGUGAGGGAAAUGCCCGUGAAAGUCACAGUCUCCGGGAAACACCAUCACGAAUACACUGAAACACAAAACAGGGACACAAAAUGCAAUGCCAUGAAGAACGCGGCCAUAUGAAGCGGAAGCGGAAACGAAACGAAACGGUAACGGUAACGAGAACCGGAAACGAAGGAAAUUUCUCAAUAAAUUUGAUCUGACUUUUCCACCAACCAAUAACAACAGUAACAGCCGAACAACAACAAACUGUGAUGAAUUUAUAUGAUUUACUGGUAUAAUUUAAUGUCAUGAAAUUUGUUCUCCACUUAAUUUAAUCACUUAACCUCUUUUUUUUUAUUCUCAGCCACAAUUCAUUCACUGAGUCGACAAAACUUUUGUAAGAAUUUAGAAACAAUGGCGCUAAGACAACUUCAUGGCCAAUUGUAAAAACAAAUUCCCCGAAACACCAUAAGUAAAACCAAAAAUAUAAAAAAACAAGAGAAAACAAAGAAAAUUGUGGCAUUUAAACGCCAAAAACACAAAAAAACAUUUUUAAUAUACAUUAUAUAAAAGUUUAUAAAUGUCCAUUUUUUGAUUAUUAGUAGUGAUGUUAAAAGAACAUAAUUAACGGUAAAAAUAAUAAUAUGUAUGUAUGUUAUAGCAAAGAAUCGGAUAAACCAAUAAAUUCUUAAGCAAGACUCGAAAAAAGAGAACUUGCGAAGCAAACGAAAAACUUUCCAAGUGAAUCCCCGCAUUUAUGAAUGAAAUUUUAGCUAAAGCGAAAUGGAAAGUCAAGUGAGUGAUGAUGAGGCGACAGGAAAAGAAAGGAGAAACCAUUGACAAGCAUCAAUUUGUUUACAACAAUGUUAAAGAAACGAACAUUUUGAAAGAUAUAUAUGCCACGUAUAUCUAUAAAUAUAUGUAUACUAACCCACCAAAUUCAAAGUAUUUCAACGUUUUAUACAAGGAGACGAUGCGCAAGACAAGAGGUCGGGACAGUUAAUGACAUGUCCCCCUCGGACCCCAAACCCCCAACCCCGAACCCAGGCUCCCAAGUCCCCCUCCCUAUGACCCCAUCCCAAAUACAGCUGCAACUCAAGUCAGAAGGCAUCAGUUUGCUAAAGACCAAAGACGUUACCAAAAGCGAAACGAUAAAUUGCGAAUCCGAUUAUAAUCUGUAAUAAUAAUCCAGUCUACAAGUCUAUAUAAUGCAUGUUAACUGUAGACGCGGGGAGUUCAAGAAGAAUACGUAUUCAAUACUCGUAAUCCAAUCAAAUGUAAUGUGGUAGCAAGCAUAGGUAAACCAAGACAAAAAUCGAACAAACCAUAAGUAGUUCAGCACACACUCAGUCACUCACGAACGGAUCUGGAUCGGGAUCGAAAAUCCAGUAUCCGGGGAAUCAUAUAUCCAAAGUUUGCGAAUCAAAUUCAGUUUGAAACUUGUACUUGCGUAGGCUCUUAGAAAUUUUACUUGAAUGCAUACGCUACAUACAUAAGUCACAUACAUAUAUUUAACUAUACAUUUAUAUAUAUAUAUAUAAAUAAAAAGAAUUGUUUUUUCCUUAACAUUUAGUUAAACGUAAGAUUGAAUCAUAUUUUAUGCCGUACAACCGAACAAAAAAGUGAGCAGAAAGAAAUAUUUAUUAAAUGUUUCAACUAAGUUGUAUAAUUAUAAGUGAGAGUUUACAUAAUGGAAUUAUGUAUCUGUAUCUAAGCAAAAAAAAACACUGACAACAUUUUGGGGAAGCGUCGAUGAAAAUCAAGUUGGGAAUUCGAAUAAUAUUAAAAUAUUCAGACUUAACGCACAAGAACAAAGAGAUCAACACCAAAGCAGCUGCUAAAUCCCAUGAAAAAAAACAUGAACAACUUAUAUACUCGUAAGUAUAUAGACAAU